AUGGGUCAGGUGGCAGAGCUCGGACUCGCCGGCCCCGCGGUGACACUGAGGGAGUCGGAGGGGUCUUCCUCCGCUGCCGGCGGUGGGACAGGCCGGGCCCGGCGCAGGCUGCCCGCCAGGAAGAUCACGGCCCAAAUGUUCCCGUUCCCGCGGGUGAUGGCCAGCACGUACCGCGGGAAGGGCUGUUUCCCCCCGCCCGCCUUCGUUCCAUCGGCGGCGCGCGGGGGCGGGGUUGGCGGGCGGGCGGGCGGCGUCGCUAUUGGCUGGCGCGGCGCGGUGGGCGGGGCGGGGGGCCGCGGCGCGCGGCGUGGGCCGGGCCGGGGCAGAGCGAGAAGUUGGCGGCGGCGGCGGGGGGAGCGCGGAGCGGCGGGAGCGCAGGUGGGCCCCGCCGCCCCCCGUCACCCUCCAGGAGCAGGUGAGCCACUGACUAACGCACAUUGUGCUCUCGGCGACUCCACUGUGCGUGUGACAGCGGCUAACCUGCUCCUCGGACAUCGCUGUGCGGCCGCCUCGCCUUGCUUCGCCUCCACGGACCCGCGCCUCGAUGCCAUGACGCCUGCGACCACUCCCCGACACCCAGAAAUAGCCCUGCGUUUGGGACUGUGCUGCCUGAUGACUAACCCCUGGAGAUGCCACUGGCAGAAGCAGCUCCGCAGGUCGCCUGGCAAGACUUGUCCCAGUUACCAUGAGCAGCACUGCGGUGUGAACGCUUCCGACUUCCUGCUACCUACGGAACCAUCCUGUUCAGCUCCAGUAAGCAAAGGCAAGGGGUUGAAGUGAAGUUUGUUUGUUUUUGCUUUUUUUGUGUCUUUCUCCAGUAAGUGUGUGUGUGGGGAGCAUACAGCUCAAUUUAUGUUUUUAACAUUCUUGUGGCAUGACUCAAAACUAACCUCCUGUACUGUCACCUGAAAUCUUCAAUAAAUAGUGCAAAACCAGUGUUUGGGUGCUUAUUACUGCAAUCCAGAGCGUUAGACCAGCUGAAGAGGAAGGCUGUGCCUGCAUGCCCCAUGCCUCCCAUCUCUUAUUUUGCCUCUGUAGCCAGUGAAAGUGGCCUGAAAAGGAAAGUGGAAGGGUGCGACCUGGUUGUCCCUCAAGCAGAAACCCCAGCAUCGCUGCCUUCACCCCUGUCCUAGCCCAAGAGCCCCAGACCACUCCUGAGCAGUG